CCCGGCCCCGGCCAGCUCCCGGGCCCCGGUCCGUCCAAGGGCAGGAGGGUCCGGGGGCCGGCCGCCCCCUGAGGAGUCAUGACGGGAGCGAAGGCCGCUCGCGCUCCUGUGUCCUCCAGGGCCGCGCCGCAGCCGCAGCCCGGAGCUCAGGCCCUGCCUCCGGACCCCGCCUCCUAAGGCCGGGUUGCGAGCGUGGAUUCUGGGCCGUCGGGAAGCGGCCGUGACCGGGCUCCCUGGCCCUCCUCGGCUUCCGUCCGCCAGGUUUGAAUCCAAUUUGAAAAUGAGUAAGUGGAAGACUUCAGGUGAUCAGGCAGGAGGCCUUGAAAAGUUCAGUCCUGAUGUUCUUGCUGAUGUUUCUGAACUCUUUGCCAAGAAGUUUUCCUAUGGUAAACCCCCCAAUAAUGAGUGGCAGUUGCCAGAUUCCAAUGAUGUUUUCACCUGUGAUCACACAGAAUUCAAUUCACUUCUUGUUUUGAAGAAUUCCAUGAAUGAAGUAAAAAACUUACUGAGUGAUAAAAACCUAGAUGAUUGGCAUCAGCACACUUCCUUCACCAAUAAAGCUGGAAAAAUCAUUCCUCACAUGAAAAAGAUUAUAAAUGCAGAACUUUGUACCCAGGCUUGGUGUAAAUUCCAUGAGGUAUUGUGUAGCUUCCCGCUUAUUCCAAAAGAAGCUUUUCAAAAUGGAGAGCUAAACUCAAUACACCUUUGUGAAGCUCCUGGUGCUUUUAUAGCCAGUCUUAACCAUUAUUUAAGAUCCCAUAAUAUUCCCUGUGAUUGGAACUGGGUAGCUAACACCCUGAAUCCUUACCAUGAAGCAAAUGACAACCUUAUGAUGAUUAUGGAUGACCGACUUAUUGCAAAUACCUUGCCAUGGUGGUACUUUGGUCCAGAUAACACUGGUGAUAUCAUGACCCUGAAACACUUGACUGGUCUUCAGCAUUUCAUAAGCAACAUGUCUCCUGUUCACUUGGUCACCGCGGAUGGAAGUUUUGAUUGUCAGGGAAAUCCAGGUGAACAAGAAGCUUUGGUCUCCCCUUUGCAUUACUGUGAAGUAGUCACUGCGCUGAUGACUCUUAGUAGUGGUGGCUCUUUUGUUUUGAAGAUGUUUACCCUAUUCGAACAUUGUUCUAUCAACUUGAUGUAUCUGCUAAAUUGUUCCUUUGAGGAGAUUCAUGUUUUCAAACCUGCUACUAGCAAAGCUGGGAACUCAGAAGUUUAUGUGGUUUGUCUUUGUUAUCUGGGUAGAGAGGCCAUCCAUCCUCUGUUGACUAAAAUGAUGCAACAUUUUGGAACUGAAAUUAUCAAUAAAGCUCUUUUCCCCCAACAUAUGAUUCCAGAAUCUUUUCUGAAAAGGCAUGAAGAGUGCUGUGUCUUCUUUCACAAGUAUCAGCUGGAGACUAUUUCUGAAAACAUUCGUCUGUUUGAGUGCAUAAGUGAAGUGGAACAAGCCAAGCUGAAUAAUUUAAGGGACUGUGCUGUGGAACACUUCAUGCAAAAGUUCCAAAUGAAGCGCCUUUCCAGAAAUAAUUGGCUAGUAAAGAAAUCCAAUAUUGGAUGUAGUAUGAAUUCAAAAUGGUUUGGACAAAGAAACAGAUAUUUUAAAACCUAUAAUGAAAGAAAGAUGCUUGAAGCACUUUCAUGGGAAGAUAAGCUGGCCAGUGGACACUUCAAUCAUUGGGCUGAAGAGCAUGCUGUAAGUAAUGCUGGGAAAAAUACUAUUUUAGAAAGUGUUUGCUCUAAUCUCGAAUAUCACUCGUGGUAUGUCUUGGAAGGAAUGAAAUUACCCAAAGUAAAGUGCUCUCCUUUCUGUGAUGGUGAGAUUUUAAAGACUCUAAAUGAAGCCAUUGAAAAGUCCUCAGGGGGUGCCCUGAACUUGGGUUACACCUUUAGACCAAAGCCACAGCAUUGCUGUUCUUGCCACGUUCUUUCCGAAGAGCUGAUUCUUUCUGAGUUGUUGAGCCUUACAAAGUGCUCUCAGGAUGAGUCAGGAGAAGGACCAAGCAACAAAAUCAAGUGUCUGGUAGUGGGUUUGCCUUCCCUUGAUAACAAAGCCUGUCCGUCUGUGGAAGUGAGUCUCUUGGAGUCUGCCGAUCUCAUGUCCUUCCACUGUUCGUUGCUUCAUGAUGGAGAGCCCAGGUAUCAGUGGGUAUUUCUGGACUGCUUUCUGCGUUCCUUGCCACGACUUCAGACAGGGGGUGCUCUGAUCUUGCCUGUGUUGUCGUGUUUCACGAGGUUCAUGGCUGGCAUGGUCUUCGUCCUGCAUAGCUGCUUCAGGUUCAUCACGUUUUCUUGUCCAACUUCCUCAGAGCCUCUGAGCGCUUGUGCGGCCCUUCUGUGUGUUGGUUAUCGGGGUCUCCCAACCCCCGUGCUCCAGUACCUGCAGAAUCUGAAGGAACUGAUGAACACAUUGCUCCACUCUGACGCUUUGCAUCAGGUUUUGCAGUUUGUGCCGAUGGAAGUUGUCCUGAAUGGAACGCUGCUAGAAUUUUUAUGGGAUUUAAACACUGCCGUUGCAAAAAGGCAGUUGCAUUUGAUCAUUCAAGGAGAGCAGCAGAAGUCCAUACGGUAAAGCUGCAGACAGUGCUCUUUACCUUGGCUGUGGCUUCAGAUUUCAAAAUUCCUUUUUGACUUAGUUUAAAACCUCAGGGAUUUUGGUUUGGGGACCGCCCAGGUGUUUGCAACCUUCAAGGUUUCUUCAGUUUCAUGAAGCUUCUAAGUUCCUGUAACCUCUAGGUAUAUACCCAUAAGCUUAGGCUUCUCUCAGCUAUUGGAAAGCUGACUGAAAUGAAAUUCACCUAGACUUGGAAUGUGUGUGCAGGAGUAGGUAGGGGUGUGUGUGUCUGUCUGUCUGUCUGUGGGGGGAAGGUUUGGAAGGGUAACUUUAGCAGCUAUGCCUAUGUGAAUUCAUCCAGAUGAGCUGAUUCUUAGAACAGGCAAGACUUAGUAAACCUGUGGCACUAAAUCUCACGUUUUAAAGACUGAACAGGGUAAAGGUCCUAUCCUUGGUGAGAGGAGACCAGUCACCAUUUCAGCUUUGCUUUUCAGGGAGCCCAUCUGGUCAGGUUUCCUGAUAUGAUAUAACUUUAGGCAAUAAAUACUCAACUUGCUCCAUUAUUCAGAUAUCUGUAGUUGACUUGUAAAUCCAUUUUUCAGAUGGGUAUUUUUGGGUAUUAUGACCAAAACUACCUAACUGAAAUGGUGUUAGGAACAUUUGAACCAACAAUCAUGUUUGAAAUAGAAAGGAAUAGGUAUUCGGCAUGCUUCAUACUCACUUCUGUAUUAAAGACUUCACUUGGCUGUGGUGCAGUGAGUUUUAGAAAUGACCCUUCACAAUCAAUGAAAUUCCAGAUUUUUUUAGUGCAGAUUUAUAUAUUUACAUAUCUAGAUAUGUAUAUCCUCACAUUGGGAACUUGGAAUAUAGCAUAUGGGGAAGGGGAAUGAAGUAUUCUUGUGGAAAAGAAUGCUGGUUCAGUGGUAGAAAUAUUUUUCUGUUUUGGCUAUUUCAGUGGAGAACAACCUCAUAAAAAGGUCUCUUAUGGAAUAGUUAACAAACUAACACUGGGGUGAGGGUGGGGGGGCAGGGUGGUGGUAAGGGCAGGCUUUACUAGUUCACUUUGCUUUCUCUUACACUUAAGUGUUAGGAAAAAUAGCAUUUCUGAUCAAAAAUAUUGGACAAAUCAACACUAGUUAGUAAUUAUAUGAUCCCUGUUGACCAAGACACUGAAGAAUCUCAUUUUUGGCAUGUUCAUUGAAGACAUUUUUGUUGGCAUAUUAAAAAUAGAUGCAUGCUCUGCUGGCUGAAGUAAUUUCAUAAAUAUUAUUCUGCAAAUUUUUCAUAUUCUUGCCCUGCUAUUUUGAGCUCCAUUACAGGUUUAUGAAUAAAUCACUAGGAGAGAGAAAUUUUAUUUUCAUUUAUUUAAGAAUAGAAGAGGAAGUUUAAAAAAUGUGACUCAUGCAGACAUUUUCCCUUUGAGGAAGGCUUGGGGUGGUUUAACAGUGCUCUUUCAUUUACUGUGGCCUAAUUUGUAGUCAUUAAAAUUUAGACUUCAAGAUUGUAAUUUACAUGGGAAGACCUGCUCAGGAAGACCUGAAGGGGAACAAAAAGAAUAUGGAUUUGGUGUUGGUAUUGAGGAUAUUACAUCACUGCUUGUCUGGCAGCGGGAGUUAGGUUUACGAAGGAAACUAGUAUCCUAAUUAAUUGCCGGUCACCUUGUGGAAGCACUUUUUCUAAUUGUAAAAUAGAGAACCUAAUAGAUAAUUCAUUAACAAGAGAAUUAGAACCUGUUGGAAAAUUAUUUUGUCUGGCAGCUCUAUGUGUUUAAGUUUGUUUUCGCUACUUUAUUGUUUUUGUUGUUUUUUUGUUUUUUGGCAGGGCAGUUGGGGUUAAGUGACUUGGCCAAGGUCACACAGCUAGUACAUGUGUCCAGUGUCUUGUUUUUGCUACUUUAAUAAGUUCUACUGUAUUAUCGAUCAGUUGGUGCUUUUUAAAAACCUUCGAUUAGCAUGAUUGACGUGAAGCAGCAUGGUGUAGUGGAUAUUGGCAUGGCCUUGGGACCAGGAAGACCUGGGGCUGACGCCUGUAUGACCCUGAGCAGGUGCCUUAAUUGGUCAGUACUCUUGGUAAUUCUCUAGGACGACAGGGGUCAGGCCAAAUCUAGUCCACCAAUGAGAAUGGUUUUUAUGUUCUUAAAUACAGUAAAACUUUAUUUAAAGAUGUAAUAACCAUUCUUAGUCCCUAGCUGUACAAAAGCAGGUAGGCUGGCCGGCCUGUACAGUAGUUUGCUGACCCCUACUCUAAGACUAUACGUUGCAGGUAAGGCAUUGGCAGAGGGAGUCUCUUUAUUUGGGUGUUACCUGUGCUAGUGAAAGCUCAGGCUUAGUGCUUGUCCUGUGGUUGAAAACUGAAUACUAAUAUUCUGGAUACUUAAGGACCUUCAAAGAAGCUAUUAUAAGUUUAGCUUUUUAAUAAGCAGGAGUGGAUCUUUUAUUUCCUUCUUCAGGCACUUUUCAUCUAAUUUAUAGCAAUUAAAUUCACUCCAUAGGUGAGGCCAUAAAUGAGUUAGAUGUAGAUCUAGCUUGCAACAAUAAUUGGAAGUGAUUUCAAUAGAAGGAAAAAGGGUAUCUACAGAGUGAGAAGAAGAAAGUAAGAAAAUUAGGCAUAUGGUGUACAAUGGAUCACAGGAGAGUUGUGACAAAUUAGAUAAUGUCUAUAAAGUGCUUUGCAAACCUUAAAGCAAAUGUAAAGUGAAUGUUAGAUUACAUUUUAUAUGGGGUUGAGUUUUUAAAUUCGUUGCCUUUAGUGUAUUUUUUUGAAGAGUGGUUAGCAGACACAAAACUCUACAAAUUUAAUUUAGUUCCUCAGUAAAUUCAAAUUGAAAGGGAGCUGUUUUGUAAAUUUUGUUUUUCCAUUAUAUAUUUAUACUAAAGUAUGCCACUUCUAAGGAAAAAAAUAAUUUUGGAACUUGUUGGUUUCUUUUCGUGAGUUAAUAAUACUUACAUUUAAAUAUUUUUCCUCAAAUAAAAACCAGGAAAUUAUAAUUUGGUAUGUGUGUGUAUUAUUGUUA